AGAUCUGGGACCAGGUUAGACAACUACAUAGUUACAUUUGAAAAUGUUUCAUUUGCUAUUUUAAUUUGAACCUUUUUCCCAGAAGAAGAAGUCUGUGUCCAACACAUUUCAUUUUACACAGAGUUGUGGCUAAUCCAAGGUUGAGUUGUCAGAGGAGGUUGAUAAUAGUGACACCCAAUCAGAUUUCAGCCUCUGCCUGUCCUGAGGUGAAUUACUCCUCUCAUUGGCUAGAAAUGACUAGUUACAGGUGAAACGAAACUUAACUCUGACUAUAAGUUGCAGCACAUAGCUUCAGCUCUCACAGUCACAACAGGGGACAAUUAACAGACACGUGCAACUACACUAAAAAGAUGGAACGAGGAAGAGGAGGGACUCUGAAGAUUAUUUUCCUGUUGACACUCUGUCUGCAAGCCUUCACUGGUCAAUGCCAAGAUUCAGGGCAUCCCUCUGAUCUGAGGAUAGUUCUGGUGGGGAAGACUGGAUCAGGGAAGAGUGCAACAGGAAACACCAUCCUGGGGAGGGAGGGGUUUAGAGUGGGGGCUUAUCCAGUGUCUGUGACUACACAGAGUGAGAAACAGAGUGGGGAGGUGGAUGGGAGGAAGAUUGAUGUCAUCGACACCCCGGGACUCUAUGACACGACAAUGUCUAAAGAAGAGAUGAAAAGUGAAAUAGAGAAGGCCACCUACAUGUCAGUCCCAGGACCCCACGCCUUCCUGCUGGUGAUCAGACUUGGGGUAAGGUUCACAGAGGAGGAGAGGAACACUGUGAAGCGGAUCCAGGAGUUCUUUGGAGAAGAAUCAUUAAAGUACACCAUCAUUCUGUUCACACAUGGAGACCAGCUGGAGGACAUGUCAUUGGUGGACUUUCUAAGUGAUAGUGAGGAGCUUAUGAAACUCAUCAAGGUCUUUAAGGGCAGAAAUCAUGUCUUCGAUAAUAAAAAGAAGAAUGACAACACUCAGGUCCCAGAGCUGCUGAAGAAGAUAGAGGAGAUGGUGAAGAAGAAUGGAGGACAAAACUACACCAAUGAGAUGUACCAGGAGGUUCAGAGGAAGAUCGAAGAGCAGAAGAAGAAAAAGUGGGGGAUUAAUAAGAAUAAGUUACUGGACCUUUCGGGAAAGGCUGUGGGAUUGAUCGCAACUGGUGUCACAGCGCUGGUUUCAGGACCAGCAGCUAUCGCAGUUGGAGGUGCUGUACUUGCAAAAGAUGUAUUUUACCUUUUUUACGAUUCUAAUUAAGUAAAAAUGAGGAAGAGGUGGCAGUGUGAAGUACCACUCUCUUCCUCAUCUUAAUGUCAAGUCGUAGCAGUAGAGUAGAUUAUUACUGUAUAAUGACAACCAUCAGGGAUUGUUCAUCACUUUCUAAUAUUAUCAGUUAUUUACCAUGUUUAUUAUUCAAAGUCUCAGGGAUAAUAACAUACUGUAGGAUGACAUUUAUAAUUCAACAAGAACAAACAGACAGAAAAUCUGAAUACUACAAAUCUAGUUUGAUUAACUCAGAGUCAGAUAAUAGGUUAGAAUGGGUAAAGACAUUCUAGGCUUCUGGUUAUCUACAGUAUUGAUGUAUCUACCCUUCUUCCAUCUACAGU